CAAUCUUGUUGUUCAAUGAAAACACUAACAGUACAGUGAAACCAAUUCUCCCGUUAUACCUUUUUUCAUAUGUUACAGAAUCAAUCAUAUAUCAUCCAGCGGUUGGUACUUGUAGAAUGAAAAUAAUAUUGACUACUAGGUUGGAAAUCAAUUCAGCAAAAUAUCAACAGAGAAGUGUGCUGUGGAGAGCAAGAUGAAAUGAAAGCAAAGAGCAAAUGAUGAAGGAUAGGUUGUGAAUGAUACCGCCAAACAGAAAUCCUUUGGAUCCAACAAAACAAUUAUUUUCUCCCUUCAUCUUUCUCUCUUUCUCUCCAUUCUUUCUCACACCUUAUCCUUUUCUGGUCUAACAACACUCCACGAGAGAGAGAAAGAAGAAGAAGAAGAAGUGUUGUAGUAUUGCUUCAUUUUCAUCAAUGGGAGCUGGUUGCUCUAAAUUGUGUCUAUGUUGGUGUCCCUCCAACACCAAAUCCAAUCCUCAUGACUUACCUGAUAAUGAGAAUGGGAACGAGGGUGAGAAGAAGGAUUCUUGGUCUGGAUUCACUGAGUUCACCUUGGACCAACUGAGAAGUGCCACGUCAGCAUUUUCACCGGAAAACAUAGUGUCAGAACACGGUGAGAAGGCUCCCAAUGUUGUCUACAAAGGAAGGAUUGAAGAUGAUAGGUUGGUUGCUGUGAAGCGCUUCAACAAGUCUGCUUGGCCUGAUCCUCGACAGUUCCUAGAGGAAGCACGGGCAGUGGGGCAGCUGAGGAAUGAGCGGUUGGCAAACUUGGUUGGGUGUUGCUGUGAAGGAGAAGAGAGAUUGCUUGUUUCGGAGUUUAUGCCCAAUGAAACUCUCUCCAAACAUCUCUUUCACUGGGAGACUCAGCCUAUGAAAUGGGCAAUGAGGCUGAGAGUGGCCUUGUACUUAGCACAAGCAUUGGAGUACUGCAGCAGUAAAGGAAGGGCAUUGUAUCAUGAUCUUAAUGCUUAUCGAGUUUUGUUUGAUCAGGAUGGGAAUCCUAGGCUUUCUUGUUUUGGACUCAUGAAAAACAGCAGAGAUGGCAGAAGCUAUAGUACAAAUUUAGCCUUCACCCCACCUGAGUAUUUGAGGACAGGAAGAAUCACCCCAGAAAGUGUAAUUUACAGUUUUGGCACACUCUUGCUUGAUCUUCUGAGUGGCAAGCAUAUUCCACCCAGUCAUGCACUUGACCUUAUACGAGGCAAAAACUUUUUGAUGCUGGUGGACUCAUGUUUGGAAGGUCAUAUUUCAAAUGAUGAUGGAACUGAGAUAGUGAGAUUAGCUUCACGCUGCUUGCAGUAUGAGCCUCGUGAGAGGCCAAACGCUAAGUCACUUGUGACUGCUCUAACUCCUCUUCAGAAAGAAACUUCGGUUCCAUCACAGGUUUUGUUGGGCAUACCAGAUGAGAGUAUCCCAUCAAAGGAAGAAGUUCCAUUGACACCUUUUGGUGAAGCUUGUUCUAGAAGAGAUCUCACUUCAAUAUAUGAAAUUUUGGAAAGGGUGGGAUACAAGGAUGAUGAAGAUGUUGCCAAUGAGCUUUCCUUCCAAGUAUGGACAGACCAAAUACAAGAAACACUAAAUUCUAAGAAGCAAGGAGAUUCUGCUUUCCAUGCUAGAGACUUCUCUAAGGCCAUUGAAUGCUAUACACAAUUCAUCGAUGGUGGAACCAUGGUAUCACCAACUGUGUAUGUAAGGCGCUGCUUUUGUUACCUAAUGAACAACAUGGCACAAGAAGCACUGGGAGAUGCCAUGCAAGCUCAAUCAGUGUCACCAACCUGGCCAACUGCAUUCUAUCUUCAAGCAGUGUCCCUCUUCAGCCUUGGGAUGGACCAUGAUGCAGAGGAAAGUCUUAAAGAUGGCACAACACUGGAAACAAGAAAACAUAGAAAUUGAAAUGUACACAGUUUUUUUCUCUCCUUCAUUUCUCGAGGAAAAUAUUACAAGCAUUAGCUGUAUGUAUCCUUCUCUAUCUAUUGUUUUCUCCAACAGUUUUCAAACUCUCGAUUGUCUAUGCCACCUACAAUUUUUUUCUUCUAAAA